GAAAUCAUCCCUUUCACCAUCUUUCACCAACUGUCACCAUGUCUGACUACUCCGACGACAACGGUGAGACCGAAGAUGUCGAGGAAGAAGAAGCCGUUGAGGAAAUUCAAGAUGGCGAAGACGCUGCGGGCAACGAAGAGGUUCCCAAUGAGCAAACGGCAGAAUUUGAAGCGGAUCGUUACGUCCAAAAGUACUUAGAAGUGAAUGAGUUGACCUUCGAAGAGGCGUCGUUUCCUCCUCAGAUCAUGCAAGGGGCGCAAGAGGCCUGGAACCUCUUUGUGAACUCCUUGAACGGCCGUGAUGCGGCCGGAGAAGCUAUCUACGCAGCAGUCUUUGAUGCAGCUCCCAGUUUGCAGAGUCUCUUCAAGACAGCCCGGUCUGUGAUGGCCAUGCGUUUCAUGAAUGGUCUCACAGGCAUAGUUGCUUCAGCGCACAGCCCGCAGCAACUCAAGACUCAGGUAGAGAGCCUGGGCUUUCAACACUUGGACUUGGAAGUGACUGUUCCACGUGUGGGCAUUUUUCGAGAUGCCAUUGUCGAUCUCUUUGAUAUGGAAUUGGGGACACGAUUAACCACAAAGGCCAAAAUCGGAAUGCAGGUCAUCCUGAACUAUACCGGUGGUGCCUACAUCUACAUUCGCCGUGAGUAUGCCUCCCGCAUCCGAAUCAUUCAGCGCAGCUGGAAGACUGCCAACAAGCAAGCUGAAGAAGAGAUGGAGGAGGUGUCCGCCCCGCAAGAAGAAGGCGCUGCGGAGGAAGGCAAUAACGCGAGUGCCUCACAGCAUCAGGCGAAGACCGAUGAAAAGGACCCAAAGGCUGCAGCAAAUGCAGGUGCGAUCAACACCACCAUGCAAGCUACAGAUAAAAACGGCAAGACCAAUGUGAAGGUUCCCACCUCUUUUAAUGAAAUGUUCCUCUUCAAUGCGGCAGUGAUGGGUCUUGGAGAGAGCGGUUGGAUGGCGGUGGUCCUUGAGCAGUUCCACAACAUUGUGACGAAUGUGGCAAAUUCCUAUCGCUUGCAAGAGGAAUGUGACGUGUUGAGUCUGGUUUUGGACAAGCAACCAGGGCAAAUUCACCUUUCUGAGUUCAAGGCUGUGAUGUUGGCAUCUUUACGAUCUCUCGUCCCCAAAGAGUGGGACUCUGAUCACGAAGUUGCCUGGAACUGGCUGUGGGAGAACGUUGAACGGAUGAUCAAAUCCAACAUGGGAAAACCAGGGCAGCAGGAAAAAGCCUUGUCACGAUUCAUUGCAUCUCUGACAUCAGAAGAUAUCUAUGUCGUGCGGAAGCAGAUAUACCAGAGGUUUUUUCAAGUCGCUCCAGCUGGGCAAGAUCAUUUCAAACAAUCCACCACUCGCUUGUAUUUCAUUGCUGACAAGAUCAUUGAGAUGACCAUGGAGAUGUAUCGUGAGCCUCGUGCGAUGGUUCAGGACAUCUCAGCGCUGGGACUGCGGCAUGUCGGGUAUGCUAUCCCGACAGAGCUUUUUGCUCCAUUCGUCUCUUCUGCCGUGGAAACUGUUCGAGAGCAGACCACGGAUGAUGUUGCCGAGAGUGCAUUUCGCUGGUCUUUGACAUUAGUUUCCAAGAUUUUGGUCCGCACAAUUUUGGAAGGGAGCACAAUUGUCAUGAAAGCCAUCAACACCAAUUCAGCUCGUGCACUGAGAAGGCGAUAGCGAUUGCACCAAGAAACAAGAGGGCAACUGAAUUGCUCAACAUCACCGUUGGCACUCAGUCAAUCUCUCCGUUUUAUUGGGCUAUCGACAGUGGAAGUCUGGAAUGUGCGAAAGCUAUUAUUGAAGAUUUGUUGACCAUCCGAGCUGAUCGAGAUAAAUACUAUUUUGGUGUGGAUGAGCUCUUCACACGACAUCCAGAAGUGAUCCAACGCCUGUGCAAUUCGGCACCCAACCUGCUUUGGACGCUGCUAGAUGGUUUGGUUUGGCGCUCGAGGCAGGCAUUCAACGGCAAGCGCCGUGUGAAUUUCUA